AUGACUAAAUAUGCUCUCAACGCCCUCAGCGACCGCGGAAUCGUUGACCCACGACAUGACCCAUCGAAUCGUUUUGAACAUGAUUUUCCGAUUCUAAAGGACGCUAUCCCACAAUUGGUGAAUGGCCGGUAUUCUAAGAAGCGUAGAUCGGGAAUUUUUAUUGAGGACUCUGAUAUUCCUGGAGGAUUGGUACCACCGGCGGCUCAAGGUCGUGCGGAGAUCCCUCCGAGAGUAAGUUGGAGAGAUCUGUUGAGCAAGGACUAUUCCCAUGUCGACAUGGAUGUGGAGGAGAUGAAUGAAGGAGAGUUUGAGGAUGAUCUAUUGGUUAAUUUCGACAAACCUGUCCGGAUUUAA